CGAGCGUGUCUCCUAGUUCCUGCUUGCCCUUUCGCUCGUUCAUUCGAUUCGGAUCCUUUGUCCGCUUUUAUUCGAACUUAACCAUUUCGUGGUGGCACCGUACGAGGAGAACUUCCGGUGACAGGAAGCGACUGCGUUCAUGGGAAAGCAGCAGAAUUUCGUCGUUAACCAAUCGCCGAUGCCAUUCCUGAGAAUUAGCAGUGGGGUUUGAAUUGCAAAGAAAUAUAUUUUUUUAUUGUCGUACAUGACACCGUUAACGAUCGGUAUAUUACCACAAAGAGUUAUCGUGACUGUCGGUUAAAAACAAUUGAUAAUCCAAUGACAUUCAGACUACCUCGGACGUGCAAUCGUAAUUUCAUGUCGGUCGAUCAUGCGAUAAACUCUAUUUACGAAACUCUCUUGCGGCGAUUUUCCGUACUAAAAUAUUCUCUAUUCAGGUCACGUCGCGUUAUUGUUCCCACGUGAGGAUUCGUUUGAUAAUUUUCGAAAAUCCUUUUUUUUAAUUACAAAAAUGGCGCCUCUCUUGCUUUCCGUGUUCCAUAGGAAUUCUUUGACAGGCAACUUUAACUCCACGAAGUCAGAGAACUGUUGUAAGCUAAUGAAGAGUGCAGCGAAGUAGCGAGGCCGAAGCGAAGUGGCAGGGAGGGUGCGAUGGAGAACCAGCAGGUUUGGGUCAGAGACCCUCAAGAGGGGUUCAUCAUUGGUAAAUUCGUCGACAUGGUCGACGGGGAUGCACUGAUCGUUCCAUUGGAUAAAAAGCAUCCCCAGAGGACGUGUCCGCUGGACGAGGUCUAUCCUGCCGGAGAGUACACCAAAGACGUAGAGGACAAUUGUGCUUUGAUGUACCUGAACGAAGCGACGCUUCUGAACAAUAUACGCACCCGUUACUUCAAGGAUAGGAUAUACACUUAUGUCGCCAAUAUUCUCAUCGCUGUGAAUCCCUACUGCGAAGUCAAGGAUCUUUACUCGCCUCAAACUAUCAAGGGCUACCAGGGAAAGUCUCUUGGCGAGACGCCACCCCAUGUCUUCGCCAUUGCCGACAAAGCCUUCAGGGAUAUGAAGGUUUUGAAACAGUCGCAAAGUAUUAUUGUAUCCGGAGAGUCUGGCGCUGGAAAGACAGAAUCCACUAAGUAUCUCUUGAGAUACCUUUGUGACCUUUGGGGAUCUACUGCUGGACCGAUAGAGCAAAAAAUUCUUGAUGCUAACCCAGUUUUGGAAGCCUUUGGCAAUGCCAAAACCAAGAGGAACAACAAUAGCUCGCGUUUUGGAAAAUUCAUGGAAGUACAUUUUGACGCUAAAUGUCAGGUCGUCGGUGGCUACAUUUCGCAUUACCUCCUGGAGAAGUCGAGGAUCUGUCUUCAAAGUCCUGACGAGAGGAACUACCAUGUUUUCUAUAUGAUGUGCGCAGGCGCACCGGCUGAUCUUCGCGCGAAACUUGGUAUCACCAAGCCUGAUGAUUUUCACUAUCUGAGGAACGGCUGCACCCAAUAUUUUUGCAAUUCCAAAUCCGAGAAGAAGCUCAAUGAGGCCCAGAAGAGUCGGGAGCAGCGCGGCAAGGGAAGUCUGCACGAUCCGAUCCUUGACGAUGUCGAAGGUUUUAACGCGAUAGAUCAGGAGAGAGCGACGGCUCUUACGAGGCUGGGUCUGACAGACGCGGAACGCAUGGAAAUUUACACCAUGGUUGCAGCUGUUCUUCAUCUAGGGAAUAUCACUUUCGAGGACAAUCCUGAGGAUACCAAGGGUGGCUCCAGGAUAUCUGCCAACUCGGAGAAGGCGGUUACCAUGUCGGCUAAAUUACUUGGGGUUGAUCCUGAGGAACUGAGGCAGGCUCUUGUAUCAAAAGUCAUGCAAACGAGUCGUGGUGGAAUCAAAGGAACCGUCAUUAUGGUCCCCUUGAAGGUCUACGAAGCCAACAACGCCAGGGACGCUCUUGCCAAAGCCAUUUACAGCAAACUCUUUGAUCACAUUGUUGGCAGAAUCAACAAAAGUAUUCCUUUCAAAGCUUCCAGCUAUUACAUCGGCGUUCUCGACAUCGCGGGAUUUGAGUAUUUCAAAGUCAACAGUUUUGAACAGUUUUGCAUCAAUUACUGCAACGAGAAGCUGCAGCAAUUCUUCAAUGAGAGAAUUCUCAAAUACGAGCAGGAUCUCUAUGCAAGAGAAUCUCUGAAUGUUCCCAAAAUCUCCUACGUGGAUAAUCAGGACUGCAUUGAUCUCAUCGAGUCGAAAACUAUUGGAAUCUACAGUUUACUCGACGAAGAGUCGAAACUACCAACUCACAGUUUUGCACACUUCACGAGUGAAGUUCACAGGGCAUGGAAUGGACACUUCAGAAUAACGUUGCCGCGCACUUCACGUCUAAAGGCGCACAGGGAACUGAGAGAUGACGAAGGAUUUGUUAUCCGUCAUUAUGCUGGCGGUGUUUGCUACCAGACGAAUCAAUUUAUUGAAAAGAAUAAUGAUGCCCUUCACGCCUCGUUGGAAGCACUUAUUCAAGAGAGUAGCACCACAUUUCUACGAACGCAAUUCGCCAACCAAUCUUGUCAAAAAGGAAAGUUGACUUUCAUAAGCGUCGGAAGCAAGUUCAAGACUCAGCUUGGUGAGCUUAUGGAGAAACUGAAGAGCAACGGAACAAACUUUGUUCGUUGUAUCAAACCUAACAACGAGAUGGUCGAUCACCAAUUUGAUGGAAACAGCAUUCUUGGACAAUUGCGUUGUUCCGGCAUGACGUCUGUUCUUGAACUCAUGGAACACGGCUAUCCCAGUCGUGUUCCAUUCCAGGAACUUUACAAUAUGUACAAGUCGUAUUUGCCACCAGAAUUAGCCAAGCUGGAUCCCAGAUUCUUCUGCGAGGCUUUGCUGCACAGCUUGAACCUGAGUAAAAAAGACUUCAAGUUUGGUAUCACACGAGUAUUUUUCAAACCGGGAAAAUUCGCGGAGUUCGAUAAGAUCAUGAAGUCCGACCCAGAGAAUCUGAAAAAACUCGUAGCGAACGUGAAGAAAUGGUUAUUGAAAUCACGUUGGAAUAAAAUGCAGUUCUGUGCACUCUCUGUGAUCAAGUUGAAGAACAAGAUUAUAUAUCGUCGUCAUCAUCUGAUCAUCAUCCAGAAGACUGCCCGAAUGUACCUAGCUAAAAAGCAACAUCAGCCUCGUAUCAAGGGCAUCGUAAAGAUAAAGAGUUUAAAAAAUCAAUUAACGAGAAUGCAGGAAACUUCGACUCAGCUGAAGAGUGCGAAGGAGAAGAGCAUAAACGAUAUUAAGAAACUUCAGUCCGAUCUUGAAGCGGCUGUUCAGAAGAUUAAGGCGAAUGCAAAGAUUAAGCCGCAGGAAAUUGACGCGAUGUACAACGACCUGUUGUCUCAAGUCAACAAACAGAUGGCGGGACUUCAAGAUAUGGUGAAGCAGCAGAAGAUAGCGGAGGAGCAAGAAAGGUUGAGAAAAAUUCAGCAGGAAAUGGAAGGGGAGAGGAGGCGAAAGGAGGAGGAAGAACGUAAGAAACGAGAAGAGGAGGACAAUCGAAGGAAGAAAAUCGAAAUGGAGACACGAAGAAAAGCUGAGGAGGAACAAAGAAGAAGACAAGAAGAGGAAGACAAGAAGACAGCAGCUGCUCUGCAGGCUCAGCUAGAGAAAGAAGCAAUGGAGGAGAGUCGUUACAGAGAACAACUGGAACAGGAACGAAGAGACCACGAACUGGCCGUUAGAUUGGCUCAGGAAUCUAAUGGCCAAGUGGAAGAUUCUCCACCUCCAGUGAGAAGUGGUUCAGACGUGCGGGUACCACCGACAAACAACAACAGGCUCAUAAGAUCGGAGCAGGUACGCAACAGUCAGGCUGCACUUUCCAACAAGAAAUACGAUCUAUCCAAGUGGAAAUAUUCCGAAUUGCGCGAUGCCAUUAACACGUCCUGCGACAUAGAGUUACUCGAGGCCUGUCGUCACGAGUUCCAUCGCAGACUUAAGGUCUAUCACGCAUGGAAGGCAAGAAAUCGUAGGCGCACUACUAUGGAUGAAAACGAAAGAGCUCCGAAAUCCAUUAUGGAGGCAGCUGCCAAGACGCCACGGACUCCAAUGAAACAACCCAUCUUGGAAUCGUCCCAGAGAUACUUCAGAAUUCCAUUCGUACGUCCAGCGACGGCAGGUCAACAAGAGACGCCCAAUGGAGGCGGAAAACGGGGCUGGUGGUAUGCCCACUUCGAUGGUCAAUACGUUGCUCGACAAAUGGAACUUCAUCCUGACAAACCGCCGAUUCUUUUAGUGGCCGGUGUGGAUGACAUGCAAAUGUGCGAGUUGAGCCUGGAUGAGACCGGAUUGACCAGAAAACGCGGAGCUGAAAUCCUUGAUCACGAAUUUAAUCGAGAAUGGGAACGUCAUGGCGGUAAACCGUACAUUCCCCCAAGUGAUCGUAAGAAAUGAACGUUCACGCUUUCAAACGUCGAUUUCCGGCCAAUCGAUAAAACCACAGUAACCGAUUUCCAAUUGAUCAUAGACAUGAAACUACUUAAAAUUUUUCCGAACGUUCUGAAGCUGCUACGAUGGAGUUAAGUUUUCUUGAAGUGUAACGAUUAAGUCGAAUUCACUAAUCAUCAGGGUAAAAAAUUAGCGUUAUGAUUCCUCAACCACCACCCUUCCU